AAUGAAUAAAUGUAAAUGUACCCAGUAUCCUGUAGCAUCUGAGUAUGUUUUAGUAUCUCUUAUGUGGGUUGGACAGAAAAAAAGUGAAAUAAGCUUCACAAGUUAUCAGAUAUUUCAGGCCAAGUGACUAGUUGCUGCAACAUUUGAAGACGUUUUCUAUUCAUCCCAGGCUCUUUAUUAAGAAGAUAGGAAAGCUUUUCUGUUUCAGACUGCUCAAUCCUGUCCUGAAUACAAAUGUACAACUUUGGCAUCAUCAGAUCUUCAUGAUCUCUUGGAGAACAUUACACACUGAUUGACUAGGUCUGGAAUCCUGUGAUAAUCACAUGAGAUCAUGGGAUAAUCAUAUAUUGUGACUUCAAAUUUUCAGUGAACACGUUCAUCAGAAACAUGACGCAGUCAGUGAAUGUUGUGUCUCUACGCUGAUCACAGGGCACGCUCGUGCGGUGGUGUGAUGUAGUAAAAGUGGUGUUUACAGAAGGAUUGUUGCAUAGGAAGGGAGAAUGAUCUGUACAGCUGUUUUGUUCUUCUCUUAUUAUAAAUCAUCACACAAUAGCCAGUGCAUAUUAACCUGGAUAUAUAGUACCGCGUUUCUCUAGGGUUAUAGAUAGAAAUAGCGCGAGUAUGAGCCUAUAAAGUGUGCUGCAGCGAGUUAAUCACGUUCAUGUGCGUGUGGGGGAGGGGCUGUAUGAUCACGUUUAGUAAAUAUAUAGCCUAAUAAUAUUAUAACAGUCGUAAUAACCGAAGAACACUACACACCUGUACCAUGCGUGAUGUUUUCGCGCCUCACGAGGUUCCUUUGACUAUCUGGUGAAACCUGACUUUUCAUACGGAUGCACACAAGUCUGCGACUGUGGCUACCUCAGUGCGCAUGCGCAGGUUCGACGCGACUCGCUUCUCAGCUUCCGCCGGCUCUCGUGCAGAGGCACUGCACACCGCUUCAUUCAUUUUCUCUCCACUCGGGAAGGGCCAUCCCUGAGCUUUCGCUUGUGUUGUGAUCGGUUUUCGUUUGGUUUCCCGCAAACAAGCCGUUUUAACCUUGCCAUGGCAAACAAGGAGGAGAAAGCCGAAGGGAAGGAGUCGAGCUGGAAAGAUUUUAUCUACAACCCGCGGACGGGAGAAUUCCUGGGGCGCACUGCAAGCAGUUGGGCUCUCAUCUUCCUCUUCUAUUUGGUGUUUUAUGGCUUCCUUGCUGGGAUGUUCUCCCUCACCAUGUGGGUGAUGCUGCAAACACUGGAUGAUUACACUCCCAAGUACAGGGACCGAGUCGCCAACCCAGGUCUGAUGAUCAGGCCCAGGUACCUGGAAGUCAUAGUAAACCGCUCUGACCCACAGCAGUACAACAAGUAUGUCCAGGACCUGGAGAACUUCCUCCUGGAUUAUAAUGAUACGCUGCAGGAGCAGAAUGUGCAAUGCCCAGAAGGCCAAUAUUUUUUGCAGGACGAUCCAGAAGAGAAAAAAGUUUGCCAGUUCAAGCGUAGUCAACUGCGUCAGUGUUCUGGCCUGGCUGAUACAACCUUUGGAUAUAGCGAGGGACAGCCCUGCGUGUUGAUCAAGAUGAAUCGGAUUAUAGGUCUGAUGCCCCGAGGACAGCCGUACAUCAACUGCACGGCCAAGAGAGAAAUUCCUCUGCAGAUGCAGUAUUUCCCAACUGAGGGCCACAUUGACAAGAUGUACUUCCCCUACUAUGGCAAGAAAGCACAUACUAAAUAUGUGCAGCCACUGGUGGCUGUGAAGCUGCAGCUACACGAGCAGGAUUAUAACACACCCCUGACCAUCGAGUGUAAGGUGGAGGGCUCCGACCUGCGCAACAACGACGAACGUGACAAGUUCCUGGGUCGAAUCACGUUCCGCGUCCAUGUGACCAAGUAGCUUGGAUUGCUCACUGGAGCUGCACGAUGUCCAUCACUCGCAUCCCAGUCCCCCUACCCGUUCUCCUUACACACACUUGCGUGAGGUAGCCCCUCGCUCCUCCCAUGUCACACUACCUUCUGAACACCUUAAGGGAGCUUGACAUUUAUCUGUACUGUACUCUGAAGGUAGGUUCAGAAUGGUGCAAUGGGCUGCUCAUAUAGCAAUGUGUGUGUGUGUGUGUGUGUGUGUGUG